CCUUUCCAUACCUCAUUCAGCUCCACGUCCCCGAUUCAUAAUUCAUACCGCACAAACGUUGUCAGGAAGCAAGCAGAAGAAGUCAAUCUCUAGCCAUCAUGCUGCUUCUAGACUACCAAAACGUAUUAAUAGAGUCCAUACUCAAAGAAAGACUAUUUGGAGCUCCUCCCGCCUCUAUCGACCAGACCGUUUCCGACUUCGAUGGCGUAAUCUUCCACAUCUCAACCCCCGAGACCAAGACUAAGAUAUUGGUCUCCAUUCAAAUCCGAUGCUUUAGAGAUCUUGUCAAGUACGGCGCCGAGCAGGUGCUCCAGCGCGAGUAUGGCCCCUAUGUCGUAGCACCCGAGACCGGCUACGAUUUCUCGGUCCAGGUCGACUUAGAAAGCCUACCGGAAGAAAAGGAGGCACGAGAGGAGUUGGUCAGCAAGAUCUCCUUAUUAAAGCGGAACGCUAUGGCUGCCCCGUUCGAGCAUGCCUACGCCGAGCACUACAAGUUGAAGGAGGAUGCUUCGAAGUACACGUCGGAAGAGGCACCUCAAGGCGUUCGAGAAGGCGGUGAGGUUAUGGCAAUCCACUACCGUGACGAGGAAGCCAUCUACGUUAAGGCGAGCCACGACCGUGUAACUGUUAUCUUCAGCACCAUCUUCCGCGAGGAGACAGACAGGGUAUUUGGGAAGGUUUUUAUUCAAGAAUUCGUCGACGCCCGAAGGAGAGCCAUUCAAAAUGCGCCCCAAGUCCUGUUUAGGAAUGAUCCGCCCCUAGAAUUGCAAGGGGUUCCUGGCGUGCAGGCAACUGAAGGUAACGAGGUUGGAUAUGUCACAUUUGUUUUAUUCCCACGACACUUGACACCCCAGCGCAUGCCCGAUGUCAUCUCCCACAUCCAGACCUUCCGAGAUUAUUUCCAUUAUCACAUCAAAGCCUCCAAGGCAUACAUUCACUCUCGUAUGAGAAGGCGAACAGCGGACUUCCUGCAAGUGCUCCGAAGAGCCCGACCCGAGAACGAAGAAAAGGAGAGGAAGACAGCAAGUGGAAGAACAUUCAAGGUUCAGGCUUAGAGAAAUUGUCUAGAAUAGGAUUUCAUAGGGCAUGGCGAUGACACGUGAGCCCAUAUCCUUAUGUACGCGACGCUGACGAACAAUACCAUGAUCAAUUGACAAGUCGAUGAUAUACCCAUCUGUGCUUGUGUAUCAUGUCCGAUUCUACGAUUUGGAGGUCAAUAGAUAUAAGACAGCGACAAUGACGAGCUUUAAAGCGAUCUUCUAUUUAGGGUGGUUACUAGGUUGUAAGUAUGUCGAGCUCUAUCGGCCUGAUAGAAAGAUGAAUAUAUGUCCACCGUUUCCUUUA